AUGGCAGCAGCUGUGCUCAGUGUUCUCCCGGCUUUGUGGAAGUUGCCGGCGAAGGGCGUUGUGAGGCCUGCGUGGACACUCCAGGCUGGACGAACUUGGACGGCGAGAACUGUAUCCAAGCAGUCUGUAGUAACACCGCGUACUAUGGUCUCUCUUCCAACCAAGCUUGCUGCGAGUGCGGUGGUGGACAGCGGGCCGCCACGCCCUUCACCUAUUAUGUUGCGCCGACAGUGCUUUAUGCAACCUCGAUCACUGGUUUCCCAGUUCCACGGACUGCCAUCAACUACACCAUCAAUGAGGACUGCAAGCUCUUGGAGCACGGCCUGGCUAUCGAUGGCGCCACGGGCAGUUUACAGAUCGCUCCGGCGGUUGGCCAGGUGGGCGGCAGCCUCCUCGAGGCUUUCAGCAUUUCUUGCACCAUCAUCGCCCAUCAGACAAGCACUCUGUCGGCCUCCGCGACGCUAA